AGCUUCCCAGUGCCAUCAUAUUUAUUCAUUAAACUAUUUCUUCGUAGAAAAGCUGCGUUUUUUUGUAUUUUUAAAUGUACGGUUUUACGGUUGUAAUGCACAGCGUAAGCUCUGUGCGGGCAUCUGGUUCCUGACCACCCUUCUUUUGUCAUUUUAUGGAAGAGCAGCCGCCGAUAAUACGCGUUGGCGCUGCAGACUGUCAGCAGGGACGUAACUGUGAUUCCCGGCGACGCUCGCGGCGCUGCCUCGCGAGUCCGCGAGGACAUCUCUGACGAGAGCGCGAAACGUCGAGCGCCGCGCGGACGCCAGUGUCAACCCUCACGUUUUUAUUAUCGUUUUAUCUGUACUUAACAAAAGUAUUUUCGUAUUAGCACAGCCAAUCACAUAUUUUAAUAUAAUAUUAAAUUUGACAGACCAUCUGUCAGCUAAAACGUUGGUUUCUUAACUUCGGUUCAUUUUCUUUUUAUUUGUGUACAGCUGGCAAGCCUCGAAUUAAAAGCCGUAAUGUCUUCAUCGAGUGACGCACACCCGGCUUCGGGGGAGUGCUGCACGGCCUCAGCUGAGGUGACUUUAGGACCCGCCGUUAACGGUCAGGGUCUGGCCGACUUUAGUCUGGUGGAGAUGACCGAGGUGGAGUACACACACCUCCAGCACAUCUUUUACUCACACAUGGAGGCGACAGAGCAGAGUGAGCCGGGGGACGCGGGUCUGGACAUGGGCUGCGCCGUGUCCUGUCCGGCUGUCCACGCAGUGCAGCUCGAUACCCCCACCUCUACUGAGGGUGAUCAUGCAGCGGCCCAAACGCCCUGCCCGGCGGCACUUCGCAGCGGGCGCACGCCGUCCCCCCACGGGCACAGUCCGGACUUCCCGGAAAUGAGAAUGAUCCCCGGCGGCGAUCCGGCCAAUGAGAGGACCCCGAAUGGCUGCGGAGAGGUCCCUGAGCCUAUCUUAGCUAGGGCCCAGGGCAGAAGCGUGGUGGCCAGAGGGGGGCAAGGGGCGUCGUCCGAGACCCGCCCCAGCCCCGCGGCCCGGGUGUGUCUGGAGAAGCGCUUCGAAAUGCCGCACCUGCAGGCCUCUCAUGAGCAGGGGGCAGCGCUGAGCAGCUUCCUGUCUAUACUGCACCAUCCCUCGGAGAUUCUGGGAGUCACUGCGGCCUCCGAGCCGAUUAAGUGCCUUAAGAUGGGCCAGGGGAGACUGGCGCCCCCCGGGGCCACAGAGGGAUCCUUACCGGCACACGGCCAGAGCCUGACAGCCGUGCGCCACACAGUGGGUCCUGCCAAGUAUCCCAGGAACCUCAGCUUUAGCUUCCAGCAGGACUCGCAGCCUCCGAAGGUGGGAUUUUGCAAGUCUGUUGCUGGACCUGAAGUUUGGGUUAAGCUGGAGGACAAGGCUCAGCACAAGCCAGCACUGCCCGUGAGGCGUGCUCGGGCAAACUUGCGUCCAGGGUGCCUUGAGCGUCACACCCUGAGUGAUAUCCAGAAUGCGGUCAGGGUGGGAGAGGAGGCAGCUGGCGUUCGCAAGGCUAGUGUGACGGGAGAAAGCUUGCAGCGAAGAGAGAAGCACAACAGCAUGGAGCGAGACCGUCGUCGGAGGAUUCGAAUUUGCUGCGAUGAGCUGAACAAGCUCGUACCCUUCUGCAGCUUUGACACGGACAAGGCCACCACGUUGCAGUGGACCACUGCCUUCCUCAAGUAUCUCAAGGAGAUCUACGGUGACAGCCUCAAGCAGGAGUUUCAAAAUGUCUUUUGUGGCCAGACUGGAAAGCGCAUAAAGCUGGGCCGUGUGUCUGACCCUACAGUGCCAUAUAGUGAUCCCAGCAGCCCACAUGCCAUUCGGCCAGACAAGCAGAAUUGAGUCCCUAGUUCACACAUCUGGGUAAUAUGCAAUGAGCCUGUACAGUUUAUAUGUACAUAGUCAAUCGCCCCGGUUAUUGCCAUCAGUAUUAUUUACGUAACUAAUAUUGAAACAGUAGCAGGUUCAAAACAUGUCUGGUCAUCCUUCAUUUGCAUUCUUGGCAAAGGUUUUUCCAAACUGUUGCUCUGUCUCUAAAUGUUUUGUAUUAAGGGUCAUUUUUAUUGCAUGUUCUUAUGGGAAAUACAGAAGGGUAGUCUUUGUACCAUUAAAAAAUUUCAUGGUACCCCAGAGGGUACUCUCUACAUUUGCAUAUUUUCUCUCCACACAAAAACUAUUUGUCACAUUUUUUGUGUUAUCCUAGUAAAACAGUGCAACAUAGAUCACAGAAUCCAAAAGAGGUCAGACUUGAAUUAAGCAUUUUAAGUUGUUGUAUAGUACCAUUCCUAUAAUUAAACACACACACACACACACACACACACUUCAGAAUUGAACAGAUACAGAACAUCGACAAAAUGUUUAAUGAAUAAUCACCCAAAGGUGGCACUGUUUCUCCAUGAUAGUGUAGUACUUGAUAGUAGUAAAUUGUAAUUUAUUUCUGUUUUAAUUCUUUUUAAGUAACAGUUACUUGUAACAUUAAGCUUUGGAUGAUUUAUUUUUAUUGCUCAUCUGUAGAUAAAACAAGGCAGCCCAUAUUAGCUGGCAUUUCUUUUUUCAUGUGGUACGGAACACUAACAGUUUGUUAAAAGCUUAAAAAUUGCUAACACGUAAAUAGUACUUUGUGCUCUGUAUUUUUCAACCAAGACUAUGUCGCAUAGAAUGAGGUGUGCUCAGAUGAGGUGAGUAACCUGUUAUUAUUGUGAAGCUUUUCCUUUCUUUUUGAAAUGGAAAAGGCACUGUCUGGGUGUCUUUUUGUGGCAAUUAAAUGUUUUCAGAGAUGUUUAUUAGAUUUAUAAGGGAAGUGAGUUAUUACUGAAAAGUGUUUUUAAUUCUUAAAACAAAGUAUACUACUGCUUCAUACAUGUCAGUUGUACUGCACCAAUUCUUGUUAGUCUUUAAAGCAUGUGCAAAUAUUGUAAUUGUUUUAUUUCCAAGUCAGUAUAUUAAAUUACCUUUACUUAAAACGUUA